AUGGCUACCGACUACAGCUCGUUGAAGGUUCCCGAGCUCAAGAAGCUUCUCCAGGAGAGAAGCCUUCCCGCAACAGGCAACAAGCUCGACCUGGUCAAUCGCCUCAAGGAAAACGAUGCGCAAUCCGCACCCGCCGCCGCCGAGGAGGAUGAAAUCGAUUAUAGUGACGACGAGCCUACCGUGCCCACCAAGGCCGCCGAAGCCCCCAAGCCCGCCGCUGAAGCUGCCCCGGCUACUGAGGAACCUAAGCCUGCCGCUGCUCCUGCUGUAGCUGAGCCUGCCGCCCCCGCCACUGAAGCCGCGACUGCGCCUGCUGCGGAGACGACCGCGGAAGAGGAGAAGAAGACAGAGGAGACUGCAGAGGCUGCCGACGCCGCGCCAAAGGAGGACUUUGCUCUCAACCUGGAUGCGACCGACGCCGCAGCGGAAGCCAAGAAGCGCGCCGACCGCGCCAAGCGAUUCGGCAUCGACGAGGAUGAGGAGGCCAAGAAGAAGGCUGACCGCGCGAAGAAGUUUGGCGUCGAGGUUGGCAGUGUCGCCGGUCUCGACUCUGCGCUUCCCGAGAGACGUCCCAAGCGCGGCCGUCCUGAGCGUUCCGACGAGCAGGCCGGACGCGAUGCUAAGCGACAGAGCACCGACGGCCGUGGACCCCGCGGUCGCGGCGGCAGGAACAACAGAGAUGGCGGACGCCCUGGAGGCCGCCGCCAAGGUGGUGGUGGUCGCGAGGGCGGCGGCGAACGCGACACCAGGCGCAGCGCUGCCAUCGACCCUGCCGAGAAGGCGAGACAGGAAGCGAGAGCGAAGCGCUUUGCCAACUAG